CCGAGCAAGUCAUUCGUCUGUCAUCACAAGUAUCCAAAACAGUAGCUAGCUUGCUAGCCCAAAUCGUGUGCCCUUCGUGCAAUGAGUCGCAAAAGGAGCCACGGAUUCCCCGAAUCAAGUCCUUCGUCGACUCUGCACAACACUUUCAUGGAUAUGACAGGGUCUGCUCCUCGAGUCGAGGAGGAUUUCUCCGAAUAUGAGGCCGACGAAGAGUUGCUUUGCUCGGUGAGCGAGAUCACGGAGCAUCUUGGUAGGAACAUCACAGUUGUUCUUGAGACGGCAUUGUCGGAAAUCCGAAAAAUGGUGAGUGUCAGGAUCCGCGUUCUCAAAAUGGAACUUCGAGAGAAAACAGACGAAAUAGAGCUGUUGAAAGCUCGACUGGAGAGCGAUGAGAGAGACGGGAGAGAUGAUUUCCCUGGUUCCACAGAGUGCGGUGCGACUACAAGGAAACCAGACUGCAAUUCGGGCUAUAAAUGUGUCAACGACCCAAAGAAAGCUAAGCCGGGCGUCACGGGAGUCAAAAAAGAGAAUAUCAAUGCGAUUUGUGACUACCUAAUGAAAGAUAAAAAUUCAAGGAAUGGUGCUGAACCUGACAUCGAUCAGAACAAUGCGCCCACGUCCGGCUGCGAUAGGGAGGUUCGUCACGAUUCUCAGCAGGUCUCCCUUCAUCCAUGGACGGACAGCGGCACUAGUAGCGGAGGCCCUGGAGAUGGGGAGACCGAUUCGGCAUCGGAGGACAUCUUUAACAUGUUGCCGUCGGGCAGUAAACGGAUAUACGAAUACGAAUGGAUGACAGGGGAGGACUACCCGGCCGAUAUCAAAAGUUUUAGUGAUGCCAAGUAUGAUGGUGACCCCACAUCAGAGGAGUUGAAGGAAGAGCAGGAUGAUGCGGCCAAGGACGCCUCCCACGCCCACACACCUGAGUUCGCGCUUGACCCGAAAGGUUCACCGACAGAGGAGGGAGAAAGUCCACUGGCUGACCACGGCGACCCCAUGGACCCUAGCCAGCAGUUCACAUCGGAGUCCUACAUAUGUUCUUUCUGCGGAACCCUCUGCCCCGACGCAUUGUUCCUGGAGGAGCACUUGAAAGUGAUGCACCACAAUGAAACGUCCGAGUCACUACACCUCAACCCCGGCGGCAGCUCGUCCCGGGCCGAUGGCGGCAGCAGCAACAGCAGUGGCGGCAGCAGCGGCGGUGACGCGGUACGGCAGGGACUCUCCGGUCACUCCGGCGGGGUCGCUGGGGUCGGGGUCGCAGGGCUGCGCCAGGGGGGCCCUCGAGAGCGGAAGGUGGAGGGCGGCUUCGAGUGCGGCGACUGUGGCCGCCACUUCAACUACCUGGGCAACCUGCGUCAGCACCUGCGCAUCCACACGGGCGAAAAGCCCUUUGUCUGCCCCGAGUGCGGGGAGCGCUUCCGGCACGCUGCCCGGCUCAAGAGCCACCGUUUGGGGCACAGCGGAGCCCAGAGCCCCUUCCCCUGCCCCCAGUGUGGAAAAGGCUUCCCAGUGCUAUCCGGCCUUAAACGACACCUACGGGUACACACAGGUGAGAGCCCCUAUGCCUGCCCACAGUGUGGCCGCCGCUUUAAGGAGCUGGGCAACCUCUACACGCACCAGCGAAUCCACAGCGGCGCCACCCCCUACUGCUGCCAGCAGUGCGGGCGCAGCUUCCGCCACCUGGGCACCUACAAGAGCCACCGCUGCAUGCCCGCGCACCUCGGGGGGGGUGGUGGCGGCGGGCCCCUGCCCGCGGGUCACGACGUGCCGCCUGGCGUGGACAUGCUGUGGCCGAGCGGACCUCAUGGCCUCAGGGAGGGCAGCAGCAGUCCCCCGGCCCUGGGCCAGGACGACAAGGCGGGCAAGGCUGAGCAGACCGCCGGAGAGUUCUGAGGGGCAGUUCGAUGCCCAGGGUGGGUCAGAUGUUUGUACUGACCUGAAGGACAGUUCAUUUGGAUCGGGUUAGAGACUACUGUGCCCUCGAAAUCCUGGGCUGAUCUGAGGUUGUGUAUUUUUGAGUGAGACACCAGUGCGCUUUCUCUGAGCAUGCCUUUUUUUUUUUACGUGGCUAACCAUUUUGUUUUAUUAUUCUUUUUUUUAUAUCUGUUGGUCAGCUUUAAGGAGCUCUAAUUCUGAUCUGAUUGUUUUGUUUUCAGCUGGCGCUGUGACAUCGAGAACACUUCAUUUGUUCUAAGCGUCAGGGCCCAAGGUGUUGUGACAGGUGUAAUGAUGGAAACGUUUUCUAGUCACGGAUGAAUGUGAGUGUUGUUAUGUGUGAGACAUUGGGUCGAUAUCCCCCCUCAAGCUUUAAAAUGCUGCUAUCUUUGCGUUGUGGAUCGUGCUUUGUGGAGAAGCCCCCCCAACUGUGUGAUCAUUUGUUUUCACAGGAAAUGGUCAACGUACAACCACAAACAUUUUCUUGUUCUUAUUCUAUGCACGUAUGUUUUCUGUUUGACUUACAACUUGUUACGCCCAAAAUGGCCGCUCGGACAGGUCCUCUACAUUUUCACACUAGAUUCAGGUCUCCUGGCUCCAUCACUAACGCAAGUGGCCUUGUUAGGAGAAAGAGAUUGAAACAGACACUGCUGCCACCUUGUGACCACAAGUUGGUACUGCAUCAUUUUGAGCUCUUGGUGGCUCAGUGAAGUUGGUCUAUACUAAUGUUGGACUCAGUUAACCCAUUUGUUGUGUUUCUAUGCUUCCUGGUAAGCGGUUAUAUGUUGAUAUUAUUAUAUUCAAUUUUUUAGUGUUUUUAAUAAGUCAUUACUGUCUUACAGUGACGUGUUUUUACUGAAAAUGUAGAAUUAUGAAUAUAAUCUGAGACAUUUUCUCUAGAAGUAUAUGAGUGAAUGGACUCCUUCCAGAUACAAAAAAAUCUUCAAAUGUCGACUUGGACUUCACCAUACUAACAAAGUACAAAUAAACACAAACCUCCCGUUUUAUCUUUCUUCAAGGACAGUUUUGCUGAGAUCACGUUGUCCAAGGCGAAAACCCCAACAGAAUAGUCCAGAAUAUUGUGUGUGUAUAACUGAAUAUCUGCAGCACAGCAGUUGUUUGGUGUCACAGUUGUAAGAUUCAAUGCAAUUCUGUUAUAUUUAUUGAUAUAAUGUACUAUGUACCACAAUGUACUAUGUACUAUGAUGUAUUUCAUUGGUUGAUGUGGAUCUGAUAAUUAUUGCCAAAAUAACCAACACCCUAAUAAAUCUUCAUAUGUAGUACUGAAUUAUAUAAA